GUCCGGAAAGCAUGAGGGUGCCCCAGGAGGCAGCUGAGCGGAUCUUCAGGACCUGGUGGAGAUUCUGGCGCGUGGGGCUCUUCAGGGCCCUGGCCCCACUGCAGGCCGCCUGGGUUGCUUUCUCUCAGCCUGUCCCAGCCAGCCGUGGCCAGCUGCUGACCCAGUUCCUCCUGUGCGGAUCCCUGGCUGUCGCUGCCACAGGCCUGGCCCAUCACUGGAUGGUGUCCUCAUGGUUUUAUCCCCUCUGGCCCUCGGACAUGGUGGCAGCUGUCUGUGGCCUCCUGGUCUUCCUGGGUCUGCUCCUGGUGCCCCCUGCCCGCUGCCUGUUUGCACUCAGUGUGCCCGCCUUGUGCAUGGCCCAGGGCCGCCGCCUGCUCCUCUCCUGCAGCACCGCCAUCCUGGCUGUCACCGUGGUGCCCAAUGUCCUGGCCAACAUGGGUGCAGCUGGGCAGGUGCUGAAAUGCGUCACUGAGGGCUCCCUGGAGAGUCUACUCAACACCACUCGCCACCUGCAAAUGGCAUCCAGGGCUCUGGGUCCCGGUGGCCAUGCGGGCAGCAAGGGCCUGAUGUUCCAGGCCCAGGGCAAUGGCUCCGCCCUCCGGCUGCACAUGCUCAAGGUGACUCAGCAGGUCCUGGAGGACUUCUCUGGCCUGGAGUCCCUAGCCCGGGUGGCAGUGUGGGGGACCCAGCAGGUGGUCACGGGGUUAUUCAUGCUGGGCCUCCCUCUGGACUCGGCCUGGUACCUCCAUCGCUACCUGACCGACCUGCAGUUCGAUAAUACCUAUGCAACACGGCAGCUGGCCCGGCGCCUGGCAGAGACCCAGGCCACACAUCUGGUGGCCUCCCCACCAGCCUGGCUGCUCCGGGCCACCCGGCCCAGGCUGUCCCAGGGGGAGCUGCCGAGCUGUCUCCUGAAGCUGGGGCUGCUCGCCCUGCUCCUGCUGGCCACCGCUAUGAUGGUGGCCACAGACCACAUGGCCUUCCUCCUGGCCCAGGCAACUGUGGACUGGGCUCAGAAGCUGCCCGUUGUGCCCAUCACGCUCACGGCCAAGUAUGAUGCUGCGUACACCGUCCUGAGCUUCAUCCCCUUCCUCUUCAACCAGCCGCCUCCAGAGAGCCCCUUCCUCUCCACCCACAGCUCCUUCUCCUGGGAGCUCCGCUUCACCUCCUCGGACUGCCCGCUGCUGCCUGCCCAGCGCCCCCGCUGGGCUGCGCCCCUGGCCGUGGGGGCCCUGCAGCUGCUGGCUGGAUCCACCAUCCUCCUGGAGACCUAUGCCCGCCGCCUGCGGCACAGCAUCGCCGCCUCCUUCUUCACGGCUCAGGAGGCGAGGAGGGCCGGCUACCUGCAUGCCCGGCUCCAGCAAAGACACGACAGGGACCGAGGCCAGCAGCUGCCCCCGGGGACGCCCCCUGCUCCUGACACGCGGGGCCUGCCCGCAAGCGCCCUCGAGGGUCAACAGACGACAGCUGGCGGGUCACUUUGA